AUGGCCGGCGGCCACUGCCUGCGGCUGCUGCUCCUCGCCGUGCUCGCGGCUGCGGCGCGCGGCGGAGGAGAGGAGAGGGCGCCGGCGCUGUUCGUGUUCGGGGACUCGCUCAUCGACAGCGGCAACAACAACAACCUCGCCUCGCUCGCCAAGGCCAACUACUUCCCCUACGGCAUCGACUUCGCCGGCGGGCCCACCGGCCGCUUCUGCAACGGGUACACCAUCGUCGACGAGCUCGCUGAGCUGCUUGGGCUGCCCCUGGUGCCGCCCUACUCGCAAGCAUCGUCCGUGCAGCAAGUCCUGCAGGGCGCCAACUACGCUUCCGCCGCCGCCGGGAUCCUCGACGACAGCGGCGGCAACUUCGCCGGCCGGAUCCCGUUCAACCAGCAGAUCCAGAACUUCGAGUCGACGGUGGCCCAGAUCGCCGCCGCGGCCGGCGCGUCGGCGGCGGCGGAGAGGCUCGCGCGCUCCAUCGUCUUCGUGGGAAUGGGGAGCAACGACUACCUCAACAACUACCUGGCGCCCAACUACGACACCAGGCAGCGCUACGACCCGCGGCAGUUCGCCGACCUCCUCGCCCACCAAUUCGCCUCCCAGCUCACCAGGCUGUACAGGGCCGGAGCCAGGAAGUUUGUGGUGGCCGGCGUGGGGUCGAUGGGGUGCAUCCCGACCGUGCUGGCGCAGAGCGUGGCGGGCCGGUGCUCGCCGGUGGUGGACGGCCUCGUGCUGCCGUUCAACGCCAACGUGAGGGCGAUGCUCGACGGCCUCAACGCCAACCUCCCCGGCGCCCGGUUCACGUACCUCGACAACUUCCGGAUCUUCAAAGCCAUCCUCGCCAACCCGGCCGCCUUCGGGUUCAGCGUGGUGGACAGGGGCUGCUGCGGCAUCGGGAGGAACGGCGGGCAGAUCACGUGCCUGCCGUUCAUGCCGCCGUGCGCCGACCGGGAGCGCUACGUGUUCUGGGACGCGUACCACCCGACGGCGGCGGUGAACGUCAUCAUCGCCAGGGAGGCCUUCCGCGGCGGCGCCGACGUGAUGGCGCCCAUCAACGUUGGGCAGCUUGCCAGGCUCUGA